AUGUCCUCCCUCAUCGCUGUAGCCGGUGGAACUGGCAAUCUCGGUCGUACCAUCGUCGAGGCAAUCGUUGCAGACGGCAAGUUCGAAGUGGUUAUUCUGGCUAGAAAGCAUGAUGAAAAGAAGGAGAAGGAGAUUGGAGCCCGUAUCAUACCGGUGGACUACACUAGUAUUGAUACUCUGACCAAAGUUCUUGAAGACAACAUGAUCCAGACGGUCAUAUCGGCUCUCAACACAAUGGUUGUUGCCGAACCAGAGCUGAAUCUUAUUGCGGCAGCUGACCGCGCUUCCGCCACGAAGCGUUACAUCCCAAGCAUCUGGGGAGGUGAAUAUACAGAAGCGUUCGCGGUGAAGUUCCCCUACGCCCAAAUUAAGCUCGCGGUGGCACGGGCUUUGGAAUCCACCAAGCUGGAACAUACAACGUGGCACGUAGGCUAUUUUGCCGACUACUUUCUUGCGCCACAUGUCAAGACGCACAUGACGAUCCUGAAUGUUGUGGUCGACGUCGCAAACAACACCGCCGCUAUUCCCGGUUCCGGCAAUGUACCUGUAGUACUUACCUAUACCAUGGAUAUCGCCAAGUUCGUCGCAGCUUCUCUGGCGCUUUCUAAAUGGGAGCCCAAGACAUACCUUGUUGGUGAUGUAGUGACUUGGAAUGAACUCGUCGCCCUUGCGGAGAGCAUUAAGGGUGUUAAGUUCAGCGUCACUUACGAUACGGUGGACUCAUUGAAAGCGGGAUACGUUACAGAGCUGCCGAGCCACCCAGCUAUGUACCCUUUCUUUCCUAAGGAGCAGCUGCGGGGCAUCUUGGCCAUGUCCGGGCUCAUGUUCGACAGCGGCCUCUUCGACUUGAAGCCCCAGCACACAAUCGACCAGGAUUUCCCAGAUAUCAAACUGCGAAACAUGAAGGAAUUGAUGACGGAGGCCUGGAAAGGGAAGUAG